UAGUCGUCGUUUUCGUAAUCUCGCGGGCGAGUUAGAAGUAGACUCCUUUUACUGUUCUUGAGCUUUUCAAAAACCCUAAAAUCUCUCCGGAUCCAUUUCUCGUAAUUCUCCGUGUGAAUCGAUUUCAGGCGAAAACAAAAAUGGCGUCUCUUGUUGUUCAACCAUCGCUUUUGCCGGCGCUUAAUCUCCGGCGCUCUUCUUCUCUGAUUCGUCAACCUUCUUCGGUUCGAUUUCCUGUUAGGUGUAACGCGGCGGAUCCGUACAAGUUCGACGGCGGAAACUCCGCCGGUUUCCAUCUGCUUUCAGGAGACACCAUUCCCGCAAGUGCUCUUCUUUCCGGGACACGUUUGGAAGAUGCGAUUUACAAGAACAAUACACGACUUCGUAUAUUUUCUGGCACUGCUAAUCCUGCCUUAGCUCAGGAGAUUUCUUGCUAUUUGGGUCUGGAGCUUGGGAAAAUCAAGAUUAAACGGUUUGCUGAUGGUGAGAUCUAUGUUCAGCUGCAAGAGAGUGUAAGGGGAUGCGAUGUGUUCCUUGUACAGCCUACAUGCCCACCUGCGAAUGAAAACCUUAUGGAACUGCUCGUUAUGAUUGAUGCUUGUCGGAGAGCAUCGGCCAAAACCAUUACGGCUGUGAUUCCUUACUUUGGUUAUGCUCGAGCUGAUAGAAAGACUCAAGGACGUGAAUCUAUUGCUGCCAAGCUUGUCGCCAAUUUGAUAACAGAGUCUGGUGCAGACCGUGUCCUUGCCUGUGACCUUCACUCUGGACAGUCUAUGGGCUACUUUGAUAUUCCAGUCGAUCAUGUUUACGGCCAGCCUGUGAUACUUGAUUACCUGGCAAGCAAAGCCAUAUCCUCUGGUGAUUUGGUGGUAGUAUCACCUGAUGUUGGUGGAGUUGCAAGGGCUCGCGCUUUUGCCAAGAAGCUUUCUGAUGCUCCUUUAGCAAUAGUUGAUAAAAGACGACAUGGGCACAAUGUUGCAGAGGUGAUGAACCUAAUUGGGGAUGUUAAAGGGAAAGUGGCUAUAAUGGUGGAUGACAUGAUUGACACAGCAGGAACCAUAAGCAAAGGUGCGGCUCUGUUACACCAAGAGGGGGCAAGAGAAGUAUACGCAUGUACCACUCAUGCCGUUUUUAGCCCUCCUGCAAUCAGUAGACUAUCGAGCGGUCUGUUUCAAGAGGUGAUCAUAACCAACACGAUUCCAUUAUCAGAGCAGAACUAUUUCCCUCAGCUUACAGUUCUCUCAGUAGCAAACCUUCUUGGGGAAACAAUUUGGCGUGUUCACGAUGAUUGCUCUGGAGCUAUUGAGCCAUUUUCGACAUUGGGGAUUGAUUGAUUGAUCAAUGCAACAACGUUAGAGAAUCGACUUAUAGCCUCUCAGUAGUAUGAAUUUCUGAUAAUGUACAAAUUCUUUUGUGCUGUAAAUGUUGAGACUUGAGUGUGAAUGAAACACUUUUGUAGAGGAGAUUAAAGGAACCAAGUUUUUUUUUUGAAUAUUUACAGUUCCUUCUUUUACAUUUAUUUGAAUCGGAGAUUUUGUUUUUCGUACUA